UGUGUGUGUGUGCGUGUGUAUUUGCAUGUUUUCAAAUAUUUCAUAUAUUUUUCAAGCAAAAUUGAUUUACCCUUAGUAACUGAAACGAUAACAUUUAUGAUAUAACUCAUAGAAUAUCUAUUUUGCAUAAUUUUUAAUUAUUAUAAUGAACGACAAGUUCACCCCUAUCACUAUCGAUUAAAAGACCAGCUGACAUCAAAAAAUGACUUUUCAGAGAGCAAGCAAUAAGAAACCUAUUUCCAGUUUAGAACGUCUUUUUGAUAUCAACAGACUACCUUUUCGGAACAGUAACACAGACGGACAAAAGCGAUAUCCUUUUUAGCGGAUACUUUUGACCAAUGUGUCGACAAAAUGGCUAUGGCUAAGAGUAACCAUCGUAUUACUUACGAGAAUGGGAAAUAUUCUGAAUAAUAUUGAUCAUAUAAAUAAAAAAGAAAAAAUAUCAAUGGGAAUAUGAUACACAUCUACCGUUAUAUAAUCCCUAAGUAUCACAUAUGUAAUGUAAUAAAAGCAAUCGCAAUGAGACGACACUGCUUAAACGGUUAAUCGCGUUUAAAUAACACGCAUGUAUGAACCGUGUUUAUUUAGAAAUGAGAAAACCGAAGUUACGACCGAAAUAAAUUAUCCUUGGUUUUAAUUUAAAUCCCUAAGGGAUGUUAACACAUAUCAUGUGUAGUAUAAGUAAGAAAAUUAUAUUCGGCGGAACCGUAUCUCACAUACAGAAAGAAUUUUAUCGAGAUACUCGUGCAACUCGUGCAAAAUAUACUACAUGCAUGAUUUUUUAUGGAGGUUCUACGGAAAUACAGUAAAAUACGUUUUUAGUAUUUGAAAAUACUUUCACCAUCACCUGCAGUUUGCCAAAUAUACGUUUUGCGUUCCGCACAAAAGCCUUUUAAAUGCAGCACUGUAGUAGAAGUGGAAGUAGUCAAUGAAUAUACCAUUCUUCCCAUAAAAGAAUAAAGAGUGGAUUAUAAUUUGUUGGAUAAUAUACAUUGAUACAUAUAUAAAAAGAUAUACAUUUUUUGUGGCAGUGGAUCAAUUGCAAAAUAAAUGCCUAAAAUCGUUGAAUUAAGACAAGAUCGCAGUUUAAUAUGCAACAAUUUCCAUGGGUACAAACUUUCCUUGGAUGCAAUACCUGUAUUGCGGCAAGAAUUGACUGCCGCACCUUUCAAAGCUGAGCCAAACGAAGAAGAACAGUAUUCAUUUUUACACAUGGAACUGUUUUCGAUGCAAAACCUUUUGCAAGUUGAUCCCUGGUCCAGAAAGCAAUCAUAUUUUGUAAAUAGCUUAAGUGAAAUAGUAAGAGCAUCUUACGAUGAAAAUAGUGGCAGACCCGACGAAGUGAAAGUAGUUUUUAAAGGAGACAUUGUAAAGCGUGCAUCACCUGAAGCAGAUUAUCGAAAAAUAGGCGAUUACAAUUACACCUUACGUUUUAUUUCAGAGAAAUAUUGUGUUCUAUGCGAUGGCAUAAAAACUCUUAUUCUUUUUGAUACUGGCGAUCGUUUAAAAGCCAUGGAAUGGAAAGUAAUAGCCGAAUGCUCUAUAAAAGGUGACUUUAAAGCUAACGAGGAGCGUAAUUUUACAAUUUUCGAUUGCCGUUUAGAUAUCAUACAAGAUCAUAAGCAAAUAUCUUUAGCUUUGGCACAUGUACAACGUGUAGACUUGCCUCCCAGCCCUAAAGGAGGAAGUUGUACCUACUAUAUGCAUGUACAUUGGGCAAAUUGGAGUCUUGUGGACAAGCAGUGGGAUUUUAAAAUAUUGGACACAUUAGAAAGUAAAGGCUCACUUUAUUAUUGCGCUUUUGAACCUAGAGCAGAGUCUCUAAUCGUUUGCGGUAAUCGUGAAGUUGUUUGGCGCUCUCAGAAAGUUACGCAAUUGGAGGAAGCACAUUCGGAGGAGAAACAACAAUUACAUACCGAUGUAUGUAAAGAUGAAAUUAAAGCUUUUACUUGGUCUCAAACUGAUGAUGAUAUAAUCGUGAAAUUUAGUAUAAAACCGAAUAAAGACAAAAACGAUUACAAUGUUAAGUGUACUGCUAAUGAAAUUACAGUAAAAUGUAAUGACGAAAUUCUGUUAGAACAACCGCUAUUUGGGAAAAUUGAUCAAGAUUUAACUACUUGGACUAUCGAAAAUAACUCUUUACAAAUUUCAUUGAUGAAGCAAAGUUCAGGAAUAGGUUGGCCUUAUCUGCUGGCAAAUGAGAGGGGACCCAAAGAGAGCAUAAAUGGCUCUGUUAAUAACUCUGUGCCUUUAGAACAAAGACCAAUUGCAAACCUAGAAGCCCCUCUAGAAGAUUGUGAUUUCCCUCUAAAUUCCGUAGAAGAUGAAAUUAUAAUAUCACGCUUCCAUUUAAAGACACGUUCAACAACUCAUAAUAUUUUACUGGGUUCAACGCCACCUCUAUUCACUACUUCUCUGAGAGCCGGAUAUCCUUUAGCGUUAGUCACGCGCCAGGAUGUCGAUGCGUGCCUAUGGCUUUUACAAUAUCAUCCAUCAAAGCCCGACGAGUGGUCUUUGCGUCAUGAAGGCAAUCUGCAUGCCUUCGGGUAUAUACAAGCUUCUAAACAACAAAAGAAGUUCAUCGAUUGCUCACCAGAUCUGAGUUACGUCUUAAUUUGUGAAUCGCAUCGUCAUGUAUUCUUGUAUAAAUCGAAACAUGAUAAUGCCAAUGGCUUAAGAAAUCGUAAUGGCCCACAAAUUACUGUGGGAAAACAGCAUUUAAUAACAUUGGGAGACGAUGGAGAAGUGCUGGGUUUAAGUACAGCUAAUGACGUCGCCAUAAUACUUACCACUAAGUAUUUGCUUUAUUUGCAAAUUUCUUGAAAAAAAUAAAACUCCUAAACUAAGCGAUACGCUUCGGGGAUUUUUUUUUUUUUUUUAAGUGUGUGCCAAUUAUACGUUAUCAAGUGAGAGGUCUGUAAUCUAACCUGUUCUUUGAAAUUUUAAUUUGAAAGAGAUGCAUACAGAAGGCGGAUAUGCUGCUUUAAUCAAUGCUUUAGUCAAUAUAAGUUUUACACAUUUGGAGAAUCAGUCUUUGGCACUAGGGCUCAUAAAUCUAUCGUUAUUAAAAUUAUUGACAAACUAAUUACAUAUAUAGUAGUAUAGGGGGAAAUUGCUGCUCGUCCAUAUGUGUGUAGAAAAUCCGUUGAAUUCAGGAAUGCAAAAGAAUGAAUGCCGCAAGAGUUCAUUAUUGGUAUAAUAUAGUAUAAUUAGGCACCGUUUACACAUUUACAUUUUUAUGCGCACUACAUCCGUACAACUUUUAUUUGCAAUUUCCAUUCGUUUUCUCGAAGCGAAAACGUUUCGAAAAACUUAGUGGACCAAAUUCAGUAUUGGCUUCAAAAGUGUUGUGUUGUCAACGGUUUCCUGUUUCGAUUGUGCUGAACGAAACGGACGAUCAACAGUUACGGCUACAUCAGGAAGCAAAAAAAAAAUGUGGAAACUAUUUUGAAUAAUUAAGAAAUUUAGAGAGAUAACAGAUAUCCUAAGGAUAUGAAGAGGUCAUUAGAAGACAUGAAAAUUUUAGCAAAAAAACUUUCAAAGAGAUUACCGCAUUCGCUUCUAGUGAAACAAAUGUAUCGUCUCACUAUUCGCUGGCUACAAUGGCACAAUUGCAUGAAUUAAGAUUCAGGUCAUCUCUACCCUAUACCACAAUAGUUUCUAAUGAUUCAAUUUCACCAAAUUUCAAAAACGCGCUCCAGGAAAUUAUUUUCACUACAAGGUAUCGACAUAUUAGAGAAGCGUUGUAUUAACCGUAUCACUUUUCAACGACUUUCAACAACGACAUGUUGAUGAACAAAGUGGAAUUUUGCAAUAAAAAAAGAACAUGCUCUUUUCUCAUUUCUCUCCCCGGGGGUUGUUAAUCGAUUAGGCCCUUAAACCGAUAUUAAAAAUAUUGAUAUUGAAGAAACUUUAAUCCAUGUAUUUUUGUUUAAUAUUUUUACUUUAUAUGCGCAGCAUUCGGCACCAACCACUACUGCACCAGUAGUGUGGUAGCAUCUACCACAUAAGAUUUAGUAAACGUUUGUAACGCAUUGGAGCAUCUAUAUGAAUAUAUAAUCUUACUUACUUGCAUUUUGUCUAUUAUAUAGAUGGAAAGAUAGAAAUCGAAGAAAAAUCCGACCAUAUAAAUCUGAUGGAACUUGGAACUCUUACCUUCAGCCUGAAUUGCUUUUAAACAUUCGUAGUAAUCGACAUAAUGUGAAGCGCAUUGGUUACAUAAAGCAAAUGAAAG